AUGGGUCACCUGCUGGUGCGAGGAUGGAUCCUCGCCUCGUUAUUGCUGCAAGCGAGCGUCGCCAUGACAGUGGCUGUUGAGCCAGCAGCUCUCAAGGUCCUUGCCCAGCCGCAGGCCUUGCACACAGAGUUCUUCAUCUUCUGUUCCUUCUUCGAAGGCAGCAACACCCACCCCAUCAAUCAUCGUGGUGCCCUCGUCGAGUCCAGUCCCCUCACCCUCUGCUCCGUCAGUGAGGGAGUCGCCAACUCCCAGCUCAAGGCCUGUACCAAGUCGCUCGGCGGCUUCCCACCCGCAUUGGAGCUAUGUAUCCCGGCCUUUGCCCCAGCGAAGCCAGUGCUCGGCGUAUUCCGGAGCUAUCACGAGCUCUUCACUCCCUGUUUCCAUAUACUCUCAGAGCACAUCCAGCGCAGUCCUUACGCCAACUACUGUUUGGACCAGACUUCCCCAGAUGAGUCUUUCCACGUCCUUGUCGGCUGCACCUGUCACCGAUUCUUCCAUGCUGCAGUGGACCACAUCGGCAGUUCUCUCUACUCGUACGGCCACAAUUACUGCAUGCCCAUCCACACUCCCGGACUGUCCUGCGCGCUCCAGAACCAUCUCUGUGACCACGGAGACCAUUGUGGUGUCUACCACAAUAUGCCCAGUCACCGAGGCCGCUGGGAUGACUCGGACAGAUUCUGCCUCGCCGACAGUAACGGACAGUGCUGCCAACAAGGGUCAUGCACUCGCGCUGCUACGGUAACUGCGUGCCCUUCCUCGGUAACGAACUGCCCGCUCAGGUCGAAAACAACCUAUGUGACUACCGAGACCUUGGUAGUCUCUACCACUGUGUGCCCCGUAGCUGACAGCACUGGUAGCAGUGGCGCCAUGAUUAACGAGACCGCACAUCCUCCUUCGGCUACCGUGGCUGAUGGUAAGAGCGGGGGUAGCAUGGGUGAUUCUGACAUUACCACUUCGACGAUCUUGAGCACUCGUAUCAUUACCGUGACUGCAUGUCCUUCUUCUGUGACGAAUUGUCCCUUGAGAUCAAAGACAACGUAUGCGAGCACGGAGACGCUGGUUGUCGGCUCAACUGUGUACUCAUUCCCCAAGAUCACAAGCACCAAGGCGAACGGUUCUCUGCCAUCCGCCACAGGAGUAUCUGAGGUCGGACCAUCGCUUACCACUUCUACCAUACUGAGCACCCGCAUUGCAACAGUCGCGGGCUGCACUGGAGAUAACUGCAGUGGCUCUCCACCCGGAGGCGGUUAUGCCACAUCGGAGACCUUCGUUGUAGCAGCGACCGUCUUCACCGUAUAUCCAGAUCACACAUCCGUUCCGGCCGAAGGUGUUGAUGCAGUGAUUGCUCCUACGAGUUCUGUUGAAAGCCACCAAGUUAGCAACCCAGCCGGUAGCACAUCUAAUUUUGUGUCAUCUGGAUCGUACCCCAUCUCUGCUGUCGACACUACCUCUCAGGGUACAGGUUCAAGCGCAGGCUUAAGCGCGGGCAUGGGUGCGGAAUCAGAUGUGGGCUCUGCUGCAGACUCCAGCGCAGUGUCCAAUGCCAGUUCAGGUGCAGACAGAGACGCAGUCUACACCACUACGAUUAUUGUCGAAUCAUGCUCCAAUGACGGAACCUGUACCGAAUACAGCACUACCAUCACAAUGGCCCAGACCUCAAACGUUGCUCAUCCCACUGUGACUGCCUCCCCGUAUUCGUACACCCCAUACUCAGGGUCAGGGUCAGGAUGGAACCAUACUGCUCCCGCCUCUUCAGCACAUGUGUGGCCCCAGAGCAGUCACCAAGCUGGCAUGAGCACAGCCGUGGCUACUGGCACAACAAGCGCAAGCACAUUUAGUGCGUUGUAUACCGGGGCUGCUUCUGCAGGUUUUCAAUGGUCGUUGCCGCAGGUGGUUGGAACGGCGAUGGCGAUGUUUUGGAUUACUUUCUUGUAG